AUGAGCACUUGUGGUGAUAAUAGUAAAAUUUUUCAAGAUAUUCAAAAUUUUAUCCAAGAUUAUGACUUAAAUAAGGAUUACAGUGUAACUUCAUCUGAAAUAUAUCAAUCAUUUUUAAAAAAAAUGAAUGGUGAUAGUUUAAAGGCAUCACAGGCAGCUGGUGUUUUAUGUUCAACAGUUGAUAUGGACAAUGAUGGUAAAUUCAGUUAUUAUGAAAUUUCUAAAUAUUGUGCAGACCAGGCAAAAAAACAAAUUGAACAAAAUGCUGAGACUGCUGCAUUGGCUGAUGUCGAAGCAUUGUUAUUAAGACUUGAUAAAGAUAAGGAUAAAAAAUUAAACAAAACAGAAUUUGUUAAAUUCUUUAAAGAACAGGGCUAUAAUCCAUACUCUGACCCUGAUUAUGUUCUUAAAAUUAUUGAUUUGGAUAAAGAUGGAUAUGUUUCCGCAAGUGAAUUACAAGAAUGGUUCAAACAAAAAAGAUUGGCUUAUGCAAGAGGUCCAAUUUGUUAA